GCGGAUGAAGAUCGUCCUUGGACGGGUCAGGAGAGCCUGGCUCAGGAUGACCCCGAGAUGUGGAAUCUGCUGCAGAAGGAGAAGGACAGGCAGUGCCGUGGUUUGGAGCUCAUUGCAUCUGAGAAUUUCUGCAGCCGCGCUGCUCUGGAAGCUCUCGGCUCCUGUCUUAACAACAAAUACUCUGAAGGCUACCCAGGAAAAAGGUAUUAUGGUGGAGCAGAAGUGGUUGACCAAAUUGAGCUGCUCUGUCAGAAGCGAGCUCUGGAGGCCUUUGACCUGGAUCCAGCUCUGUGGGGCGUCAACGUCCAACCGUACUCUGGCUCUCCUGCCAACUUUGCCAGUUACACCGCUGUACUCAAUCCCCACGAUCGUAUCAUGGGCCUGGACCUGCCUGAUGGUGGACAUCUGACUCACGGCUACAUGUCUGAUGUGAAAAGAAUCUCUGCAACCUCAAUCUACUUUGAGUCGAUGCCUUACAAGCUAAAUGUAAUAAAAGAUUCUGUUCUGUCCAGGGCUGGUCUCAUCUUCUAUCGGAAGGGUGUUCGCUCAGUUGACAAAAAGGGAAAGGAAAUCAUGUACGACCUCGAGGACAGGGUCAACUUUUCCGUCUUCCCCUCCCUGCAGGGUGGACCUCACAACCAUGCCAUUGCUGGUGUAGCAGUGGCACUCAGACAGGCACAGUCUCCCCUGUUUAAGGAGUAUAUUGACCAGGUGCUAAAGAAUGCCAAGGCUAUGGCUGCAGCUCUUCUCAGCAAAGGCUACACUCUGGUAUCAGGUGGGACCGACAACCACCUGGUCCUCGUGGACCUGCGACCUAAGGGUAUUGAUGGUGCUCGAGCGGAGAGGGUGCUCGAGCUUGCGUCAAUCACCGCCAAUAAGAAUACCUGCCCCGGAGACAAGAGCGCCCUGACGCCUGGUGGCCUCAGACUUGGUGAGAAACGGCUUCACAUCACACUGUGUUUGCUGGACACACACCAGGAGGUGGUCAUACUUAUUAAGGAUUAG